CAUCAGCUGCUCCGUAAUUCCCCCCAUAUUUGUUUCUCUAAAUUCUGUUGCGAUGAACAGGCAUAUUACUGUUAUCUGACUGAAAUAGAAUUAUUGCAAAGAAAAAUCAAUUGAAGUUCUUAAGCAUAGUUUAUUCCUGGCUAAACUGGCUUUUGAGAUGCCCCAGCUUUCGGUCAAAAUCAAUGUACAUCAGAAUUAUGCUCUUGGUCACUAUGUCCCUCUUGCAGGUGAUAUUUCUUCAGCGAACUGAUAUAAAGGAAUCUGGGAUUUCAGCGAUACUUGGAUGAAGAAAAAUUGGAACAAUGUGCUCUUUGCCAUCUUUUGCUUUGCAUCAUGAAUCUUUACUUUGCACGUCCCGUAUCAGAUUCAUUCAUUCACAGAGCAACCAUUCUAACAUGUUUUCUACGAAGCUAAAUGAUGAUAAGGAAUCAGAUAAAGGAAACUGAGGCAUAAAGAUCAUUUGUUCUGACAUGGGAAAGGAAUUUUGAAAAAAAAAGAGAAAGCCAUAGUGGUUUGGAAAACUGUAACCUGUUUCUGAUCAACUUGGGAGGGACAUGGCUGGGAGGAACAUUGGAGUUGCAGUGGACUUCUCAUCAUGCAGCAAAGCAGCUCUGAGAUGGGCAUCGACGAACCUUACCAGGAGUGGUGAUAAACUCAUACUUAUCCAUGUGAAGAGCUCCUAUCAGAAUGAACAGGGCGCAGUUCACCUCUGGGAACAGAGUGGUUCUCCACUCAUCCCUCUGGCUGAGUUCUCAGAUGUCACCAAGACAUAUGGUGUGUCUCCAGACAAGGAGACAAUCGAGAUCCUCACUCAAGUGGCAAAUCAGAUAGGGAUUGAAGUCUUUGCAAAGAUACUCUACGGAGACCCUGCGAAGAAGCUUUACGAAGCAGUUGACCUGGUUCCCCUCAGCUGCAUGGUUAUAGGGAGUAGAGGGUUGAGCACGCUCAAAAGGGCUCUGAUGGGCAGCGUGAGCACCUAUAUUGUUAACCACGCGGCCUGCCCCGUCACGGUUGUGAAGGAGAACAUGUAGACAUGUAGCGGCAGUCAGCCCGUUGAACACUGCUGUUUACAUGCUCAGUCACUGCAACAGCAACGUCUAUGUAUGGUAGUCAGAAUAAAAUGAGUGUGCUUGGCAUGCACUGAUCCGGUGGAUGUUUCCUGCUUUUACUUCUUGUUUAGAGCUUAACCAGGACCGGAUGGAAGAGGUCUUGACACUGUUAUCUGAAGCAUAUUAUAUCUUAAGCCUGAUGUAAUAGUAAAAAAAUAAUUACUUGUAAAUAAGUUUAAAAAAUCCUACUGCCUAAGUUAAAAGUUCAGGCACUGAGAGAUGCUGAA